AUGUCGUUGUUUAGGUCCACGUCGAAGUCGUCUGCUUCGAGCAGCGACUUGCAUCACUAUGAUAUGCGCGAUGAGUCCAGUUCUUUGCACUCUUCAGCCUCGAAUGGAUCCACUGUGGAGACAGAGAACGGCCAUGGCAAGCCCAGAUCGAGAUCGAACUCAACCAAAUCGAAGUGGAGAUCGUUUUUUGGGAGUUCAAGCAGCUUGAAGCAAGAUGCCUCGGCCCAGGAGCAAUUGAAGCAGGACAAGCUGAGGCAGCAGCAGUUGGACCAGAAACUGCGAUCCCAGGUGGAGCAUCCGGGAAUGACUUCUCAUCCUUAUUCCCCAUCACAAUAUCCGGUUCCCGUGCGGAAUAUCAGUGGAAGAAAACCUAAUGCUGCGGAAGCUACUUCCAGGAGACCCAGUGCCGAUGACAAAGCAUCACCAAACUCUCAUCACCUGGCGCAACCGCAUACACAGAUACCAUCGCAGCCUCUAGACAAUCCUAAAAAGCUUUCUCCAUUGAACGUACCAAGCUCUCCGGCAAUAUCGUUUGCGUCGGAAGACAAGUCUGCUGCCAGCUCACCGGGUGUCGGUCCAACAUCUCCAUGUUUGGUUACAGGCUUGGGAGUGAUGCGGAGCAAGAACAACUCCACAAGCUCUUUCAGCGAUGGUGAUCAGGUUCAAAGAAUUCCUCCAUUGAAGACAUCUCCUUCCAACUCUGAUCUGAACGGUGCUUUGAAUAAGCUCAAGCUGAUGCCUGCAGUUAUGGAGAACCAUCUCGAUGACAUAUUGGACGAGGAGUCUUCCGGGAGUCAAAAAAGCCCCAACUCUGCUCCGAUUGCAACCGCAAUGAGUAGAAAUACAUCGAAAAGGGAAAGUCAUAGUGCGUCGAGUGCCAACAUGGGUGAACUAUCCAGGUCUGCAUCUAGAGGUAGGUCCUCGAGACUGGUCCACAAAUUUCUGGGGCAUGGCAACGAUUCUGAUUCCAGGGACAGCUCGUCACCACCCCCCUUCGACAACGAUGUCUCUUUGAAAAGAAGUAAUACAAUCUCGAUGUCGCAGCUGGAGGCUUACAACAGUCACAACGCUUUUUUCAACAAUCUUAAGCAUUCCACGUCGUUUUCGGGAUUGGGUCGAGCCAACUCGGUGAAGACAAUGAAGAGAGAUGGGUGUAUCAUUUCUUAUCUUGAGGGAACUUCACUACAUUAUCAUGAUUACUGCAAGCUGAAGAAGAAUUUGGCAAGGACUGGAGGAGGAAUAUGGGGUUGGAAAAAGACCAAAGACGAUUCUUCACCAGAAGCAUCCAUUGAAAACUCCAUCAGUCUAAUCCCUGAUUCUUACUCAGAGCAACUUAUGGUGAUGAAGUCCAAGCCUGAGAAUUAUAGAUGGAACUAUGAGGAUUUGGAGGAUGAAGACGACAAUGAAGAUGAAGAUGGUGAUUCUGGUGAUGAUAGUUCAGAUGGGGAUGACUACGACUCUGAAGAGGACAUAGAACCCAUCAUUGGACCAGAUCAACUCAAGCUUUGCAACUCAAUGCUCGACAAGAUUGAGCAUUCAGAAAAGCUGAAUAAAUACAUCGAGAACAACGCCGGUGGCAGACUUCCGUUGUGCAAAAAAUACGGCAAGAUCAAGGGCCUUAUUGGUAAGGGCUCUUAUGGAACAGUCAAGCUUGCCAUGAAAAUAAACCCGGAUAAGUCUGAGUCUGUGUUUGCGAUCAAGCAUUUGAAGCAGAGGGCAAAUGAGAGUCCGCACCAUUUUGGAAACAGAGUCACUUCGGAGUUCAUGAUAGCAUCUUCUCUGACUCACCAGGCAGUCAUAAACACUUAUGACCUUAUGAUAGAUCCGGAGACUUUGACAUAUUCGCAAGUGAUGGAGUUUGUGCCAUGCGGUGAUCUCUAUUCACUGAUCAAUUCCACGGGUGGAGAGGGCCUGAGCAUGGUGGAGGCAGACUGUUUCUUCAAACAGAUCCUGAAUGCAAUCACGUAUCUCCACUCUGUUGGUAUCUCUCAUAACGAUUUGAAGGUGGAGAACCUACUGCUGACAUCCGCCGGCCAACUGAAGAUCAUUGACUUUGGAACCUCUGCGGUUUUCAAGACCAGCUGGGAACCAGAUGUGCAAAAGUCAAGAGGUGCCUGUGGUUCUGAGCCAUAUGUCGCUCCUGAAGAGUAUAUUUCGGAUAAUGAAUACGAUCCCAGAUACGCAGAUGUAUGGUCUCUAGGUAUCAUAUAUCUGAUAAUGGUCAACGGAGGUUACGUGUGGAGUGUUGCCAAAAAGUCUGACGACUUGUAUGCGAAGUAUCUGGACACCAGAGCUCUCUACAACUACGACAAGAAGUCGAGUUCUCACACACAGGAAGCGGCUGUCGUUCGCGCCGGUCAGUUCGACCCAAUUGAGUCUCUUGGAAAGGGCCAAUUCCCACACAGCAGAAGAUACGUCCUAUACAACAUCCUGAAUCCGGAUCCCAACCACAGAAUGAGAGUGAGCAAGAUUUGGAAGUCCGAAUGGGUCAAGUCAAUCCAGGUUUGCGAUGCUGGACGCGGAUUCGUGGACAGUCACAGCUUCAAACUGUCUACGGUUAUGGAGUACAAUGGGACUGCCAUGGCUAGUCCUCAUUUGAGCGAGCAUCCUACGGCGAGGGCCAAAUCGCCGAACUCAAAGGCAACUUCUCCAAAAAUGGAGUAG